AUGAGUGAUAUGAUGUCAAAUAUGACAAAAGGAAAAUUCACAAUUAUCGAUCCACACAGUGUUGAAGGCAAAAAACAGCUGAAAAUUAAGUUUAAAGAUGUGGCGGGAUGCAGUGAGGCGAAAGUGGAAAUUCGAGAAUUUGUCGAUUAUUUGAAGAAUCCCGGACGAUUUACGGUAGGGAUUUCGGGUGGCUCCGGUGAAGAAGAACAAACACUCAAUCAGUUGCUCGUCGAAAUGGACAGAAUGGGUUCGGGGAACGGAGCUGUUGUUGUGCUCGCUUCCACAAAUCGAGCCGAUGUCCUUGAUAAGGCUCUCCUGAGACCCGGACGCUUCGAUCGACACAUUUCAAUCGAUUUACCGACGGUUUUGGAGCGAAAAGACAUGUUCGAGUUGUAUAUGAGAAAGAUUAAGCUUGAUCAUGCUCCGCAGGAGUAUUCUCAACGUCUGGCAGUUCUGACACCCAGCUUCACAGGUGCCGACAUUAUGAACGUAUGCAACGAAUCGGCAAUCCGCGCGGCGUCCAAUAAAUGUCACGUGGUCACUAUUAAAGAUAUGGAAUACGCGUUGGAUCGAGUUUUGGCGGGCUCCGAGAAGCGGAGUAGAUCACUUGUUGAAGAAGAACGAGAAGUCGUCGCAUAUCAUGAAGCUGGGCAUGCGCUGGUUGGAUGGAUGUUGGAGCAUACUGAUGCUCUGUUGAAGGUAACAAUCAUCCCCCAAACGUCUGCAGCUCUCGGAUUUGCUCAAUAUUCUCCACGUGAUGACAAACAUCUCUACUCAAAAGAUGAGCUUUUCGAUCGAAUGUGCAUGAUGCUCGGUGGCCGAUGUGCUGAGAACCUGAAAUUCGGCCGAAUCACGUCAGGAGCACAAGAUGACCUGCAAAAAAUGACAAAAUCGGCGUAUGCUCAAGUGAAAUUGUAUGGAAUGAGCUCAAUUGUUGGGCCGCUAUCGUUUCCGAAUACUGAAAGAUUUCAAAUUAAACCGUAUUUGAAAAAAUUCGCGUCAACUUUUGAUCAAGAAGCCACGCUGAUUGUGGCAAAAGCCAACGAGGCGACAACUGAUUUGAUCAAAAAUAAUAUGGAUAAACUUGAAACGGUCUGUGCCAGAUUACUGUCAAUCGGCGGUGAAUACUGUAAUAAAUAUUCACAAACACGAGAAUCCUGGCGAUAG